CCAAGGCAUCUCAAAAAUGGAAGAAAAAAUCAAUACGAAUUCUAAAGAACAUGCUUUUGAAAUUUUACAACAAUUAAACGAAUAUCGUAAAACUGGACGUCAUUGUGAUUUCAUGAUCAAAGCUGGAUCUGAGGAACUUCCAGUUCAUAAGAAUAUUGUGUCGGCCAGUUCCGAUUAUUUUAAAGCAAUGUUAUCUCAUGAAAAUGUUGAAACAAAAUCUGGUGUCGUUGAAAUAAAGGAAUUUGAUGAAGUUUGUGUUAAAAAAUGUGUUGAUUUCAUUUACACUGGGGAUGCUUAUGUUGCCAAAGAAAAACGUGAAACACUCAUGGGUGUCGCUCACAUGAUGCAGCUGCAAAGACUUUGUGAUAGUAUCGCAAUUUUUCUGGAAGAUGAUCUUGAUCCUAGAUCGUUUUUCCAAACUAAAAGAAUUGCGAAUAGGUACAACUGUAAACAACUUGAGGAAAAAUGCAAUCAGUUUGCAUUGCAACAUUUUAAAAAAAUUGCCCAGUCUGAUGAGUUUAUGGAUCUAGAUGAAAAAUUCAUUUCAUUUCUGAUGGAAUCAAAGGAAACAAAAGCAAAGGAAGAAGGAAAAUGUAAGAUGUUGUUAGCAUGGACCAAACAUGAUAUUGAUGAAAGAAAAGAAGGUUUUCUUAGUUUGGUGAUGAAAUUUCAGUUGACAAAAAUGACUUUGUCAUAUAGAAGAUUUCUUGUUGAAAAUGAACCAUUGAUACUUGAAUCUGGAAAAUCGAUUCAGUCAUUGACUUUGUCAGUUUUUGACAGCCAUGGGGAUAUCAGUUCAAAAGAUUUUAAUUUAACAGAGAAUAAACAGCUUGUUGUUUUUGACAAAACUUCUAAAAGUAUGCAUUCUCAUGAUGUUGAUGAUAAAACAUGGACACCAAUGCAAACCAUAGGUCAAUCAAUUAUAAAGAAUUCAAUAAAUUCUACUGUAGUGAUAGAAUCUCACAUUUAUGUGAUUUGUAGAGAUGGAUCGUUUUAUAGACUUGAAUAUGCUGAAUCAAAUGCAAAGUGGGAACAAAUGACAAAUACAAAUCUUCAGAAUGCAUGUGUAGUUGCACUUGAUGGUUUUGUUUAUGGUAUCGAGUAUGGAAAGAGCUCAAACAUUAUGGAAAGAUAUGAUCCAUCAAAUAAUAGAUGGACCAGAUUAACAAACAAAUCAUUGAUCUUAGCUCUCGAAUCUUUGGUGUCUGCUGAUGGAAAGCUGUUUUGUAUUGCAGGAUAUAAUAAGCAAGGUCAAGCAACAAAUCAAGUUGAGAUUUAUGAUCCUGUCACAUCAACUUGGUCAACGGAUAAUAGAUCAUUGAAUGAAGCAAGAUAUUAUGCUUCUGCAACUGCUACAGAGGAAGGAAUAUAUAUUAUGGGAGGUUAUGAUCCUAAUAGAGGUUCAAAUCUCACUACUGUUGAAUUUCGUUCAUCUGUAACUAAAACCUGGAUGAUAUUGAAAUCAAUGAAAAAUGCAAGACGAGACUUCAGUAGUUGUGUGAUUGAUAAGAAAGUUUAUGUCAUUGGUGGAAAUAGAAAUCCUGCAAAUAUAGAGGAAUAUGAUCCUGAAACAGAAGAAUGGAGAAUCAUUGAAACAAUACAAGGAAAAGAUAAUUUUCCACGAGCAACUGUUGCACUAUCUAUAUAACAUUGAUUGUUCUUAUACUUGAACAAAUAUGGUUCUCAUAUUCUUGAUGAAAAUACUUAUCAUUCUUUCUAAUUUGAUCUCAAAUUAAUUUUUUCUGCAGAAUGAUGUACCGGUAAAUUAUUUAAUUAGUUAUCUGUGUGUGGUAAUAUAUCGAAUGAAUAAUUUCUUUGACAACAUUGAAUAUUGUUUUUCAAUCCAUUUAUCUUAAGAACGAAUGUACAGUAUGUUUAAAGAUACAGCUUCAAUAAUUUGUUUUUCAUAAUAUAGCCAAUAUCAAUACUGAUAAUUUGAUUGCUUGGUUAGUUAAUCAUUACCUAUUUUACUUGGAAGUGAUAGUGAAAAUUUCUUUCAUAUUGUUGGUGUUGAUUUUUUAUUGUUUUUUUUUUGUUAUAUCAUUGCAUUUAUCAUGUUCAACAAUUUAAUCUCUAAUUCUUGAAAAUUUAUCAUUUUUCAAUAUUUUAUUCAAUUUUGUGAUAUAUCAGAUUACAGGGGAUUACCCCAUAUUAUUUUUUAUGGUUGGUAUGUUAUGGAUUGUAAUCAAAUCUUUCUCAUUAACUCGCAUUAUUUGUUUAUGAUGGGGCCUAUCUGAUUUUAGUUUCAUACAUGAAUUCAAGUUUUUCAUCUUUAUGAUCCAGCGGGGGUUAUUUAUAUUAAAAGCUCAUUCCUUCGAAAUCACUGUAUUUUUCAAUUAUUAUCAUUCCACUGCUUUUUUGAUAUAACUAGUUCGAAGAUAUGCAUGCCUUAAUCAUUAUUCAUGCUUUUUAUUCUUUGAAUAACUGACCAAUAAAAUUGUAUUUUUGUAAAUGAAAUAUUCAGGUUAGUGGCUUUUAUUACAUGGCCCCUAGUGCACAAAUUGAGUUCUGUCCAUCCAAUAUCAAAUUUUUGCUAAUCUGUUAUUACAAAUAAAAGAAAAUACAAAACUUUUAGGUUUGGAGGAGUAGUGUUUAUUCAGACAUGUCUCAGUAAUGACCUUACUGCUGAUCCCUGUUGUCAUAUGCAAUAUUAGUAUUUCGUAUCUUUUUGAGGUGAGGCUCAUUUCAUACCAUCAUCUGUAUAACGUCAUAACAGACUUGUUGUGGCCUUCUAGGUUGAGUACAAUUAUUCAACUUCUGAUAUUUCUAUUCUGAAAAUGAUGAUGAUUUCGAGAAAUUUUUAUUUUCGUGAUUUUCUUUGCAACUAAUGAGCCAUGAAAUAUUAUUAUUAUUUAUUGAUUUCAAUUCCUGAUUAACAGACAAUAAGUUCUGUAAUAAAAGAAUGGUUGAAUAUGGUUUUAUUGAAUAUUCUUGAAAAUUUUAUUAUUGUAGUAUAUUCAUAUUGACUAAUUCACUGAACUUGAUGAAAUAUGCUGUGUCAGUGAAAUUGUCAUUGUUAUUGCUUUAUGUAUAUAAGGUACUAGAAGGAAAUAUAAAUUUUCAUUUUGAUGCUUGUAGUUAAUCUUCUGACAAAUUCUUACUGGUAUUAUUUAUGCAAUUUUUCACAGCUUUAAUUUGCAAUAUUGAUAUCAUAAUUAGAUCAGCUGAGAAAGAAAUUAAAUAUUUUCUGAUGGUCGCGAAGUUCCUGCUUGUCUUCAUAACAUGCUUGAUUUAUCACUCGGCAAUUUCCCAAAAGAUUGUUGAAGAUGAUUUGAUGCCUAUUUUUGAUAAAGAUCUACACAGACAACACAUGUCAUUAUUGUUUGGCAGAAAGUGGAAUUGAUAUCAGACUGUGGAGUUGGCAGUUUAGUAAACUCAUUUUGAUAUUGGCUAAAAACCACUAUUUUAAAUGUCCUCGAGUUGGAUCCAAAAUAGAUCAAUGGCUUGAAGUUUUAUAAAAAGUUUUUCAUACCUAGAACACCAGCAGAUUCUGGAAUCGUGAGAAAGUUUAAAAAGUGGAGUAGUUUUUUAUUUUGAUGUCGUCGCACACAAAAACUGAAUACUAAAAAGCCAACAGAAUUUUUUAAAAUAAAUGAAAGUCAUAGACUUUUAGCAAAAAAUACAAUCUUAACCCAAUGGAAAUUUUAAAACAAUUCCUCCAGUAGGUAAUGAGGA